AUGGCCCAAAAUGGUGGUGAUGGUAACGAUGGUGGCGGAGUUGCCACCAAUAGUAAGAAGUUUGAGGUGCCGCAACCACAUUCAGUGAAGGAGCAAUUGCCCGGAAUUCAGUAUUGCAUCAACAGCUCUCCUCCAUGGCCUGAAGCAAUUAUAUUGGGGUUCCAGCAUUAUCUACUCACUCUUGGCAUCACAGUUUUGAUUCCAAGCAUAAUUGUUCCUCAAAUGGGCGGUGGAAAUACUGAGAAGGCAGCAGUGAUCCAGAACUUACUCUUUGUUUCAGGGCUAAGCACACUUUUCCAGUCAUUUUUAGGAACUCGACUUCCCAUAGUAGUAGUGGGUUCAUAUGCUUAUUUGAUUCCUGUAACUUCCAUUAUCCAAGCAAGCAGAUACACUUCUUAUUCAGAUCCUUAUGAGAGGUUCGUUCGAACAAUGAGAGGGAUUCAAGGUGCACUCAUAGGUGCUGCAUUUUUCCAGUGUACGAUUGGAUUUUUGGGAUUAUGGAGAAAUACUGUGAGGUUUCUUAGCCCUCUGUCUGUUGUUCCAUACGUGACUUUUACUGGGCUUGGACUUUAUCAUCUUGGCUUCCCCAUGCUCGCAAAGUGUGUAGAAGUUGGCCUUCCAGGGAUUAUUCUCAUGGUUUUUAUUUCACAGUUUCUUCCUCGUUAUUUAGAAUCAAAGCGCUCCCUCUGUGGCAGAUUUUCAAUCCUUUUGUCAGUCUCAAUUACGUGGUUAUUUGCUCAACUUUUAACCUCAACUACCGUAUACAAGCACAAACCUGAGAACACCCAGAUUAGCUGUCGAACCGAUCGUGCUGGACUCAUUAGCACAGCUCCUUGGAUAUAUUUUCCUUAUCCUUUUCAAUGGGGAAGCCCCACCUUUAAUGCUGGAGAUGCCAUUGUUAUGAUGGCUCCUGCUUUUGUUUCUCUAUUUGAGUCAACUGGUACAUUCUUUGCAGCUGCAAGAUAUGGUAGUGCUACACCUGUCCCACCUUCUGUUAUUAGUCGUGGUGCUGGUUGGCUGGGAAUUGGGGUAUUGCUCAAUGGUUGUCUUGGCUCUGUUACAGGCACUACUGCAUCAGUUGAAAAUGUAGGCCUGUUGGCAUUGACAAGAGUUGGAAGCCGCAGAGUAAUUCAAAUAUCAGCUGGAUUUAUGAUUUUCUUUUCUAUAUUUGCAAAAUUUGGAGCCUUUUUCGCUUCUGUACCAUUACCAAUUGUGGCAGCAAUAUAUUGUGUUCUCUUCAGCUUUGUCUCUUCUGCUGGUCUUAGCUUUCUCCAAUUCUGUAACUUGAAUAGUUUCAAAACAAAAUUCAUAUUAGGCUUCUCUUUCUUCAUGGGUUUAUCAGUUCCACAGUACUUCAGAGAAUAUUUUCAUGAUGGUUGGAGAUCAGCCCACCCUACUGGUUUGCUCAGUGACAUAGUGGUUGUGAUCUUCAUGUCUCAUACAACAGUUGCUGCUUUGGUUGCUUUAUUCUUUGAUUUAACACUCUGUCGAGAAAAUGAUGAAAGCAGAAAGGACAUUGGAUUGAACUGGUGGGAAAAGUUUAGCUUUUACAAAUCAGAUGUUAGGAAUGAUGAAUUCUAUGCACUACCCUUCAGGCUUAACAAGCUUUUCCCAUCAAUUUAACCUUUUGAAAAAUAAAUAUUUACUGUGACAAAUUAUUUGCUUUCCAAGUUAGAUUUAUCUUCCUAAUUUUCCUUUUCAUCCUGCACCUUUAUUCAAGAAGCUGUUUUUGAGUCACCUUGGCUAAUCUAGCAGCUGCUUUUACAUCAUGUUACACUCUCUCUUCUUUUUCCUUUAUCUAUCUGUGUUUUCUUUUUUCUUUUUGUAUAAAAGAAGUUGAGGUCUGGAGGCAACUGGCUUUCGAUCAUAAUAUGGUGACAUAGUUUUGUUUUGUAAUUGA